GGCCAUCGCCGAGGUGGCACCGACGAGGCAUCGACGCUUCGCGCUUCUCACGACGCAAAAUUCGGUCGGGUACGUUAAGCCUGUUCUAUGUUAGGGAUUAGAAUUUUCCUUAAUCAGCGAAAUGCGCGUUCCGCAUCUAAAGUCGUUUUAGGCGAUCGUACGACAUCGUCGUACCACGACUCGGCGUAGCUGGACAACGUGACGGCACUCUUCAUAACAACGACGAUCAACAGGUUAAUCCCUAGUUGGCUAACUGGCGUAACGCUUCGGCCAAUAAUCUCGUGUACUCGUGCGUCGUAUCUGUUUACUCUAUGUCGUCGACACGCGUGUCAUAUCAUCUAUCAUCAGUUUGAAUAGCAACAGUAGGCUGCUUCCAGGACGAUUUACAGGCGUAUCCUCAAAGUCAACGAUGGUCGUUUCUGUGACGCGAUAAUGUCGAAGCUGCGAGGCUUCUCCCGAUAAACAAUCGGUCCGGGACAUUGAACCGUCAGAGAUAACGCGAUCCGAGGGGAGGGUAAAUUCGUCAGAGAGACUCCGCAGUGGAGAUGGCGACCAACAGCCCCGGACAAUCGAUCCAUCUGAAAUCGCCGAGGAGUCCGCGGCAGCUGCCGGCGCUUCCUCGCGUCCAGCAGCAGAUGCCGAUUGCCGAGCAGCGGAGCCCAACCCAGCAGGCCCAAUCGUUGGCCUGCAAGUCGCCCGGCACACCGUUGGUCUUCGAGUUCCCGCCCGAGUAUUACCCGGAGACACCCAACACGACCUUCGACUUCAACGAGUUCGGGCGCGCCGACGAGCACGAGCAGCAGCGCGGUUCCAGGAGUCCCAGCUACUACUCCCGCGUCACGCCGAUCCCGCCGCGGAGUCCCAAGUCGCCCAACGAGGUGCUGCACUCGCCCGGCCGCAAGUCGCCCAUCUUCCAGUUCUGCGACCCGCGCAAGAUCCUGAGGCAGGCCGCGAGCUAUCCGGCGUCGGGGACCUCGUCGUCGAUGACCGAUCGCAGUAGAUCGGUCAACUCGUCGUCCGGUUACGGCGCGAGGAGCCCGCAGCCGCUCUUCGAUCGGCGGAGGAACUCCUUCGGCCUGGCGAGCCUGAACAGCCCUAUGUCGCCUACGAUCGUAACGCCGACAUCGCACGACGCGAUCAGUCCGCAAACGAAUCGAAACUCGGAGCUCGAUCAGAUGAGCGCCGGCAGGGAGAUCGCGGGAUACAAGAGUGAUAGCCCAUCAAGCAAGAACCCCUCUUUGGAGGGUUCCCUCGGUAUGCAGGAGAAAACCGGCGAGGGAAUUGGCGAAAGGUCAAGAAGCACAAAGACAGUCGGGCACUUGAACAAGAGCCAAGGAUGCCUGGACGAGGUCGGCCGGGGUCAUUUUGAGGGAUCGAGCGACCGUUCGAAGCACAGGAGCGAGAAGAACAUGUCCCGACGGUCUACCAGCGAUCUGACGGAUAUGGGUGACGCCGACACCGAGAUCACUUUGUUAUCCAGUCCUAGGAGGAGAGGAUCUAUGAAGGGCGGUCUCGCCUAUUUGGCGUCGAGACGCGGCUCCCGCGAUAGUCAGUGCUCCAACGCGUCCAACGUUACCAAUGAAGAUGUGGGGCCAUUGAAUUUCAGCAACCACCCGAGGGGCCGGCAACGGAGAACGUCGAAUUUUCUCGAGCUGCCAGUGCCGGACCAUAUACGACCUCGUGUACAUAGUCUGCCGGAGAAGGCAUACAAUCCUCGGGCAAGCGACGACUUGUAUAGACUCAGAGCGUUCAGCAUCACUCACAAGGGUGUCGUGAAUCGAGGUGAUUCCAUCAUUUCCAGGCGCAGCAGAAGCAACACCUCCGUUAACAGUAGCAGAAACAGCAAUGUGUCGGGUGAAAGAUCGCCAUUCGAGGGUUCUUGCUGCAGCGGGCAAGACGCUAGCUCCGAAAGCGACGUCGAGGAAAGUAUUUCGAAGUACAGGGUUGUCUUACUGGGAGAUUCCGGAGUGGGGAAGACCGCCUUGGUCUCGCAAUUCAUGACGAGCGAGUAUAUGAACACGUACGACGCUAGUCUAGACGACGAAUUCGGCGAGAAAACCGUCUCCAUUUUAUUAGAUGGCGAGGAAUCCGAUAUGGUCUUUAUCGAUCAUCCACAUGUAGAAAUGAGCGUUGAAAACUCUUUGUCGACGUACGAGCCACAUGCCUGCAUCGUAGUUUAUUCGAUCGUUUCACGUACGAGCUUCCAAAUGGCCGAGGAGAUACUGAACUACUUGUGGCAAGAACAUUACACUCAGGAACAUACGGUUAUCGUCGUUGGCAAUAAGUCUGACCUCGCCAGAAGCCGGAUAAUUUCGGCAAAUGAGGGAAAGCAGUUGGCCACGUCGCGCGAGUGCAAGUUCAUCGAAACGUCAAGCGGGCUCAAGCACAACGUGGACGAGCUUCUGGUCGGCGUUCUGAAGCAAAUCCGCUUGCGAGAGAGCCGCGAAAAGAAACUCCGACGUCAGGGUAGCAAGGGCAAAGUGAUGUCGAAGUUGCACAACAGCAAGACCGUUCUGAGCUUGAACAUCGCCAGGGAAAUUCUUAACAAGAUAUGCCUGAAUGACAGCAAGAGCAAGAGCUGCGAAAACCUGCACGUGCUGUGAAAUCGUUAGAGGAAAGGGAAAUAACCGCAGGAAAGCUAGAUAUCCCGUGGAAGAUUUCUCGUACAAUCGCAAGAAUCGAUUCUUGAUCGAGACGGGAACACGACGGUAAUCAAGAUCGAAAAUUUAAAUGGUGUUUCGCCGCGAGGAUGCAUGACAUUUUCCUUUUUUUUUUUUUUUCUUAUCCAUGCAAAUGUUACGAAGCCGCGCGCUAGCUCGGCUGAGAGACCCUUUCAACGGGGUCGUAACGAUUUUACGAUUCGCGCACUGAUUACGCGUCCCGGCGUUCCGGUAAGGAGUCCGUUGUUACUACCUACAUAUUCCGUGUUCACCGCUCGUCAUCCUGCGCAGACUUUUGUUCCCGCGGCGGCUCCGACAUUACGCGAUGCAUCUCUAUCAUACAACGGAGCGUCAAUCCGCACCGGUUUGAAAUAUUCGCAGAAUUUCGCUCUGGGUUUUGGUAUUAAUUAAAAAAAAAAAAAAAUUUUUUUUUAAAACCAGACUUUUAAAUUAUUGGCAUUAUUCGCUCUCGGCGCUAAUUAAAACAAUUUUUUACAGACAUUAAAGUGAGAUAACGAUGAAUGCAAAAACAUGAAUGCAAAUUAUUACUUUUUUUAUUUUUUAAAUAUUACGCGCGCGCGGAGAAGAUUAAAACUAAUAAUAUUUAACAAUUUAUAUCAUUGCGUACAUCGAGUAUUAUCUGUAUUACAUUUUGAUACUAAGAUUUUGUUUAAUUAUUGGUAUUUUAUAAAAGAAAUAUUUAUGUUAUAAUAGAAAAAUUAUUUAAUAAUAUUACAUUAUUUUUAUAUGUUAACUUUUAUAGUAAGAUACUUAUAUUUCUCAGCAAUAAACAAACACAAAGUAUAGAA